AUGGCCUCUGCGUGGACUGAGGAGGAGACCUUUGUCUGCUCAGUGUGCUUGGACACCCUGAAGGACCCAGCCACUCUACCCUGUGGACACUCGUACUGCCUGUCUUGUAUCCAGAGCCACUGGGACAAGAGAGACAGUAAGGGUGAGUACAGCUGCCCCCAGUGUCGGCAGGUCUUCAGCCCUCGGCCCUCGCUGGCCAAGAGCACUGUCCUUGUGGAGGCCAUGGAACAACUGAGAACCAACAGCUUCAAGCAAAGCUUCUCCCCCGCCUCCUCCGCCCCACCAUCCAUGCCCAUCUACCUGGAGGUCCUGCCACAUUUAGGGUCGCGACAGGGCAGCGUGUACCCCCAGCUUCCCACGGUGGACCCCAGUUCCUGCCCUCAACACAACCUACCCCUGGUGCUGUUCUGCCUUGAAGACAAGGAGUGUAUGUGUGAGUUGUGUUGCCAGCAUGGACACAAGGGACAUCAAGUGCUCAAACCAAAGAAAGAGAGGAAGGAGAGGCAGAAAGAGCUUGUUCACAUGCAAGCAGAGGCCCAGAGGAGAAUUCAAGAGACUGAAAAGAAACUGAAGGAGCUCCCACAUCUUGCUCGCCAGCACAAGGCGUUGGUCCAGGCUCUGCAACAAGAGAGCACCGAUUUAUUCACAGAGUUAGCCAAGAACAUGAGUCUCUCAGGCACCCAGGCAGGCGAGCUCCUCAGCACCCACGAGACCUCCAUCGGCAGCCAGGUGGAGGUGCAGAUCCACACACUAGAGCAGGAGGUGGCACAGCUCGGCUGGAAGAGUGAAGAGCUGAUCAAGCUGGCCAGCAUGCAGGACAACAUCUGCUUCCUGAAGAAUUUCCUAACCCUGGAGCCACUGGGUAAGAUGGGUGCCACGGGAGAGUCAGUGCUGGGUCAGGAGGAAGCGGUGGUGGCCUCCAUCCGCUCAGUCAUGCAAGAUUUAAAGACAUCGGUACAGGAGCUCUGCAAAGCCAGUCUGGUCAAGAUCAACACAUUAGUGAAUCAUGUACCCAUGGAAUCAACACCCAGUGGUGCAGUAGCGGGUGCAGCAGUAACUGAUAACUGUGGUCAGGAUAAAUCACAAAACACAGUGUAUGAAAUGAUGACAGACCAUCCACCUUUGCCGCCCCCAAGACCUCAAGAGCAUGACUCUUCAAUAAAAUACCCAGAUCUACAUCGUGCAUGUCCUGAAGCUUCAGCCCCACCUCCACCCUUCCACCCUCCUCAACCUCACGCACCUCCUGCAACAACAACAGGGCUUGUGAACCCAGAACCAAAGUCUAGAGGAGAAUUGCUGAAAUUUCGCUUCGAACCCACCAUGGACCCUAACACGGUGUAUCGCCACAUCCAGUUGUUGGAUGGAGGUCAUAAGGCCACGAUGCGGGCUGAAAACCUGAACCCUCCAGACCACCCUGAGCGCUUCCACUUCUGGAGACAGGUUCUCUGCAGAGAGCCCCUGGCUGGGAGCCCCUACUACUGGGAGGUGGAGUGGUCCGGCCAAAAGAUCACCAUUGGUGUGGCCUACAAGGAGAUUGAACGCAAAAGAUCUGAUGACAAAAGUCGUUUGGGCCACAAUCCCCAGUCCUGGAGCUUGUACUGGACCGGCACUGGUUUCUCCUUCUGGCAUGACGGUCAGGAAAAACUCCUCGGCUCAACUAAGGCCAAAAGGAUUGGUGUGUAUCUGGACCAACAUGCAGGGACUCUGGCCUUUUACCGCAUCACCAACAACCAGGCUGACCUCAUCCACCAGCACCAGACCCACUUCACUGGACCACUGUACCCAGGAUUCAGAUUCUGGGCAGGAGUAGGGGCCACAGCGACGGUCUGCCUACUGGAUUAA